UGAACGCACGUGUGCGAUUGUCAAACAUAACCUCAACCUCAAUCGCAACCAAAUAGCUCCGCAAUCCGUAAUACAGGCUUCUGACAGAGAGAAGUCUCUUCUCUCUGCCGUUAAUUUUUGAUGCAAUAAUGAAGCAACUAUCGGAAGAGAGAACAAAACUUGUGUUUGAGAAAUUAACGAAAUAUAUUGGUGCCAAUGUGAAGAACUUGAUUGAUCGACCGGAUGAUACAUAUUUUUUUCGGGAGCAAAAAGACAGGGUGUAUUAUGUGUCACAAAAAAUCCUAUCCCUUGGAAGUACCGUGGCACCUGAUCAUCUGUUGAGUAUAGGUACUUGCUUCGGAAAAUUCACAAAAUCAGGAAAAUUUAAGCUACAUAUCACCGCAUUGCAUUAUUUGGCGCCUUAUGCGCAACACAAAAUCUGGGUGAAGCCAUCGGCAGAGCAACAGUUUCUAUAUGGAAAUCACAUUUUGAAGUCGGGUCUUGGUCGAAUAACGGAAGGUACUUCUCAGCAUCAAGGAGUUGUUGUGUUUUCCAUGAAUGAUUUACCACUGGGAUUUGGUGUUGCCGCAAAAAGUACAGUCGAUUGUAAACAUGCAAAUCCCACAGCAAUAGUUUGUUUCCAUCAAGCAGAUCUUGGAGAAUAUAUUCGUUCAGAAGACACGCUAUUAUAAUAAAAACCGAUAUUUAAUAA